CAAAAAGGCAACGGCAACAAAGCAAAAUUUUAAUCACUAUUUUUCAUUAUUUUACAAUCGAGUUCAUCCAAUUUUUCUCCUUCAUUUAAAGGUAAAUACUUCAAUUUUUGUCAAUAUUCAAGUUUCAUAGAAUUUACAGUUUGCUGCUGCAUAAGGCUUUAUUAAUUACAGUAAGACAUCUAAAAAUAUCAUUAGUAAUUAAUUGUUUAAAUAGUCUAAUAAGUAUCAGUGACAGUGUUUUUCUUUGUUAAGAACAUUUAGUGUUCGUUUGUUUGCAUGUUUUCUCUUGAUAACUUUAUUAAUACUAUAAGUUGGUUGCUUUCUUGAUGUACGAACUGCCGAAGUUCAUGCUGCAGUUUUAGCUGAGCAUGAUCCAACUUUAGGUUGUUGGCAGGUAUUUUCCGCGGGUGACGGGUAGUAGGUGACGGGUGAUGGGUAGCGUGUGCGUAGCGGGUGGCGGUGGUUCUCGUAAUUCAUAUGUUGAACACAUAGAAUAAUUUACGCAACCUCGUUCCCAGGGCUUUCGUGCGAGGCGGAGAGACGAGAAAGCCCUGGUCUGGGCUGGUCACGUGACUACCAAAAUAUGGAUAUAUUUGACAGCUACUCGUCAAGGAGUGGCGAGAUAUUCUUAACUGGAAAUUAUAUACAAGUCUUCGAAACAAAUAAACAGUGUAGCGAAGUUUGGCACAAAUACCAAUAUUUCUGGAGAUUUUCAACCACAGUGACAGGCAAAGCCAAAGGCACAACUACUGUAUCUGAACAUGAUUUCCAAGCUGCAUCUAGGUGUCUCCAAGUGGUGAUUCACACAAAAUUUGGUUUCUCUCGUCUUUAACAACAUGGCUAUUGCCUUUAAUAUUUGGUUUAAAUAUUAUUAUUUAUUAUUGUCUUUAUUAGGGUCCACUACAGUAUAUGUACAAAGUCUAAUUAUAAAGUCAAUUAUUCGGAGACCCUAAAUGGGCGAGGCGCAAACAGGACUCGAAGAACCAUGCAAGGCACCUUCCCAAAUUAAGUAAAAAUUUACUGUUCUAAUUGAAAAUCUAUACUGUUCCAGUAAACCUCAGAGGUGCAUGUGCCUCAUAAAAAUCGAGGGUUAGUAAAUCCCCCAGUUGCUUCCCACAAUGCAUUGUAUUCCUAUUUAGUGAACAAACUGCGGGAAACAACUGGUACAAAUCGUAAAAUGCACCCACUCAAGGUUUACAAUGUAUUAUGCUGUGUUAUGUUUAUAUCAUAUAUUAUAUAAUGGUAUUAUUAAGUUAAACGUUUAUUAUUACAUAUUAUAAUAUAGCAUUUGUAAAUUCUGAACGCUGAUUGGCUAAGAGCCGUGUUGAUAUAACUCCAUGUCAACACGGGAAAUAUUCCGCCACUUGUAACACGGAAAUUGUUCUAUUCUUCGGGCUUUUGACAUUGCUAUAUUAUAAAACAAAUAUAAAACAUUUUUUCCGUAUUGAUAUAUAGUUUUAUAAUAUAGCAUUUGUAAAUUCUGAACGCUGAUUGGCUAAGAGCCGUGUUGAUAUAACUCAAUGUCAACACGGGAAAUUUCCCGCCGCUCGUAAACACGGAACUUUUUCUCAUCCUUCGGGCUUUUGACAUUGCUAUAUUAUAAAAAAAAUAUAAAACAUUUGUCCGUAUUGAUAUAUAGUUAUAUCAACACUCGUGGAAGUUGGGAAAACUCGAAAUUGUGUGAAAACACUCCGCCCUUCGGGCGUCGUGUUUCCAUACAAUUUCUCGUUUUCCCAAUUCCACUCGUGUUGAUAUAACUGUAUAUCAACAUGGAAAAUGUUUUAUAUUUGUUAAAUGUUAAUAUAUAAACAGUUAGGACCUGUGGCAAGGACAGUCCCAAGUCAAAGACCAUGUGCAAGACUUGUCUGCGUCGUAAAUAGAUCUAACUAAGAUUGAAUAUUUAUGCUUGAGAUAACAUUUAAAAGAACUAGGUCUAGAGAAACUGUCAAGAGAUACUUCUUGAGAUACAGUGUUCCAGAUAUUGACAAUUAAUUAUAUUGACAAAUAAUUAUGCUCUUAGGUCUGACUUAGUUAAGCUGAUAUAAAUAAACACAAAUAUAAAACCUGUAUAUACAGGAAUAUACAGUUCGCUUCGAUCGUCGGACACCAAUGCUUGCAUACAAAUUUUAUCCCUUUCACAAUCUUUGUUUUAUUUUAUCGUAUAGUCGCAAUUUUCAAGUAUUCAGGGUAUUCUGAAACUGGAAAACUCGGUGGCAUGACAAAUCUUGUAGAGAUUACAUCGGCCUAGGUGUAGAGCUAUUAAGUAAACCAGGCCUAAAUUAAUUUAAUAGUUUCAUUUAAUUGUUUGUCUUUUCAUUUAAUUGCUUUUAUUUGUGUCGAUCAGUAUAGAAUAUUGUAAAUUAAAAUAUUACUACAAUGCAAUACGCAUAGUAUUUCAUCCGACAUCUGCACUACAUUAUAAAUACUGAAAACUACACAGUAGUCUACCGACUAUAAAGUAGACGUUUCUUGUUUUUCCAGGAAACGUCACAGCUCACAUCAACAUAGCUUUUGAGUUUUGUAACCGGCUGAGCCGAAAGUAGCUAAAUCAUGCAGUCGGGAAAACCGAAAACUACUUUGAAAGAUUAUUUUGCAAAAUACACUCGUACACACAAGAAUCAUAAAAAUAUAUAUGUUGAAAUUGUUAUUGUCAACUGUCAAGUUCAGCUAUUUUUAGACAAUAUGGUGUUAGCCAAUCACAAUGCAAAAUUGACCGGCCCAGACCAGGGCUUUCUCGUCUCUCUGCCUCGCCCUCAUACAAAACCCCUGGGAACGAGGUUGCGUAAAUUAUUCUAUGUGUUCAACAUGUGAAUUACGAGAACUACCGCCACCCGCUACGCACGCAAUACCCAUCACCCGCUACCUGUCACUCGCUACCUGUCACCCGCAGAAAAUACCUACCGUUAGGUUGUUCGUACAUGGAGAAAGUGCCAAAUACUGUAUUGUCAUGUUUAUAAUGUCACUUUAGACGCUUGUGAGUUGUGUGUCAACAUAUUUUGACAUAUUAUUCUGUAAAUAUAAUUUAAAGUUAACAUAGUUAGAAAAUUGCCUAAUUAGAAAAUUGGGGCUUUCUCGAGGUAUGAACAACUGAUUGUAGUACUGGUUAAUACUUUACAUUAUGCCCAUGAUUUCAUUUGUUCAUACUCCUAGGAAGUACUGAAUAUAGUCAUGUUUAAUGUUAUUGUUGUGUCUAUAGAGUUUAGGAGGACCAGAUUGGAAAAAAGAUGUAACUUUAUCUGUUUAUAUCCUCAAUAAAUAAAGUGUUAUUAUUAUUAUUACUAGGAUUUGUGACUACGACUUACAAGUAUACAACGUUAUUGAACAUUCACAGUUCUCUUAUCAACUAAUUAUGUCUGAUCAUUGUGAAGACACUGAAGAGAUAUUUUCAACAUCCAACAGCUUGGACUUAGCCAGUGAGGUAAGAAAAGAAAAACCUUAUGCAUGUGAUCUUUGUGGGAAGAGGUGUUCCCAAAAAGGAAACUUAACUAGACAUAAACAAACACAUGAGAAACCUUUGUUUGAGUGUGAUAUUUGCAAGAAGACGUUUCCUCGAUUAGAUCGUUUAAACAUACAUACAAGAUCACACACUGGCGAAAAACCUUACGAAUGUGAUGUUUGCAACAAGAGAUUUUCCAACUCAGCUAAUAUUGUAAGACAUAAAAGAGUACACACAGGAGAGAAACCCUAUGAAUGCGACGUUUGUAAGAAGAGAUUUUCUCAGGCAACUGAUUUGGGGAGACAUAAACAAACACACACUGGGGAGAAACCUUACGAAUGUGAUAUUUGCAAGAAGAAGUUUGCCCAGGCUGGCUACUUAGUAAUACAUACUAGAAUACACACUGGAGACAAACCUUAUGAAUGUGAUGUUUGUACCAAGAAAUUUUCCCACUCAACUAAGUUAGCACAACAUAAACGAAUUCAUACUGGAGACAAUCGUUUAUAUGAAUGUGACCUCUGCAACAAGAGGUUUUGUACAUCAGGAAAUUUAGAAACACAUAAAAGAGCGCACCCUGAGGGCCAACCUUAUGAAUGUGAUGUUUGUAAGAAGAGAUGUUCUUCUUCGCACAAUUUAGCAAGACAUAGAAGAACACAUACUGGGGAACAACCUUACGAAUGUGAUGUUUGCAGUAAGAGAUUUUCUCAACCGAGCAAUUUAGUAAGACAUAAAAAAACACACACCGGAGAGAAACCCUAUGAAUGUGAUGUUUGUUACAAGAGAUUUUCUCAGGCAACUGAUUUGGUGAGGCAUAAACGAAUUCACACUGGGGAGAAACCCUAUGAAUGUGAUGUUUGCAAAAAGAAAUUUUGUCACCCAGCAAGCUUAACAAAGCAUGAAAGAACACACACUGGGGUCCAAUGUUAUGAAUGUGAAGUUUGUACAAAGAAAUUUUCCCAGCCAGGAAACUUAGCAAAACAUAUAAAAAACAAGCAUUGCUUUGAAUGUAAUGUUUGCAAGGAGAAGUUUUCUCAAUCAGCUGAUUUAGUAAUGCACGAGGCAUUACAUUUGACAACACAAAUUAUAUCUGAGGAUUCUACGGAGCUGUUUUCAACAUCAAGCAACUUUGACUUUGCACAAAAUCAAGGAACACCCAAUGCUUAUGAAUGUAAUAUUUGCAAAGAGAAAUUUUGUCAGUUAAGUGAUUUAGAAACACAUAAGGCAUUACAUUUAACAACACAAAUUGUAUCUGAUGAUUGUGUGGAGAUGUUUUCAGCAUCGAGCAACUUUGACUUUGCACAAAAUGAAGGAACACCCAAUGCUUAUGAAUGUGACAUUUGCAAGGAAAAGUUUUGUCAUUUAAAUGAUUUAGAAACACAUAAAACAUUACAUUUAACAACAUCAAUUACAUCUAACAAUUGUGCAGAGUCGUUUUUGACAUCCAGCAACCAAGACUUUGCACAAGAAGGAACACACAAUUCUUAUGAAUGUGAUGCUUGCAAGAUGACGUUUUCCCAAUCAGAACAUUUAGAGAAUCAUAAGAGAACACACACUGUAGACAAGCCUUAUGGAAGUGAUGUUUGCAAUGAAAGAUGUUCUCAGUCAGCCGAUUUAGGAACACAUGAAACAUCGCAUUUAACAACAGAAAGUCAGCCUGACCUUUGUGAAGAUAUGUUUUCAACUGAGAGCAGCUUGGACUCAACAAGAGAAGAAACAGUAUACAAACCUUUUGAAUGCGAUGAUUGCAAGAUGAAAUUUUCCCAGUUAGAAAAUUUGGAGAAACAUAAGAGAACACACACUGUAGACAAACCUUAUGAAUGUGAUCUUUGUGGGAAGAGGUGUUCCAAAAAAGGAAACUUAACUAGACAUAAACAAACACAUGAGAAACCUUUGUUUGAGUGUGAUAUUUGCAAGAAGACGUUUCCUCGAUUAGAUCGUUUAAACAUACAUACAAGAUCACACACUGGCGAAAAACCUUACGAAUGUGAUGUUUGCAACAAGAGAUUUUCCAACCCAGCUAAUAUAGCAAGACAUAAAAGAGUACACACAGGAGAGAAACCCUAUGAAUGCGACGUUUGUAAGAGGAGAUUUUCUCAGGCAACUGAUUUGGGGAGACAUAAACAAACACACACUGGGGAGAAACCUUACGAAUGCGAUAUUUGCAAGAAAAAGUUUGCCCAGGCUGGCUACUUAGUAAUACAUACUAGAAUACACACUGGAGACAAACCUUAUGAAUGUGAUGUUUGUACCAAGAAAUUUUCCCACUCAACUAAGUUAGCACAACAUAAACGAAUUCACACUGGAGACAAUCGUUUAUAUGAAUGUGACCUCUGCAACAAGAGGUUUUGUACAUCAGGAAAUUUAGAAACACAUAAAAGAGCGCACCCUGAGGGCCAACCUUAUGAAUGUGAUGUUUGUAAGAAGAGAUGUUCUUCUUCACACAAUUUAACAAUACAUAGAAGAACACAUACCGGGGAACAACCUUACGAAUGUGAUGUUUGCAGUAAGAGAUUUUCUCAACCGAGCAAUUUGGUAAGACAUAAAAAAACACACACCGGAGAGAAACCCUAUGAAUGUGAUGUUUGUUACAAGGGAUUUUCUCAGGCAACUGAUUUGGUGAGGCAUAAACGAAUUCACACUGGGGAGAAACCCUAUGAAUGUGAUGUAUGCCAAAAGAAAUUUUGUCACCCAGCAAGCUUACCAAAACACAAAAGAACACACACUGGAGACAAACAUGAAUGUGAGUUUGUACAAAGAAAUUUUCCCGGCCAGGAAACUUGGCAAGUUAUAACCUGAUGAUUCUGCAGAGUUGUUGUCAGUAUCAAGUAACUUUGACUUUUACAAGCAAUAGGCAAUUCCAGCAUUUAGUUUAUGCGUGCAGGGGAUGAUGGGAAGUAAGGUAUCAUAUUACUGAUUAUGCGGAAAAAGUAAAAAUGGCGGCCGUGUAAACACGGAGUGAUAGCUUAUACUUGUAAAUAUUGAAAUAUUUCGGUUGUUUCGGCGGUUUUUAUUAAUUUGUUUCAGCAUAAUCAACAAUAUGAUACCUUACUUCCCGUCACCCCCUGCGCGCAGAAAUCAAAAGCUGGAAUUGCCUAUUGGACCAUGCACAAGAGGAUGGAACACAUAUUGUAAGACAUGAAACAAUACACACUCUAUGAAUGUUACGUUUUUGUGAGGCAACUGAUUUGAGGAGGCAUAAACGAACACACACUGGGGACAGACGUUAUGAACGAGAUAUUCGCAAAAGGAACUUUGCCUGCUCUAGCAACUUAGUAAUGCAUAGGAGAAUACAUAUACUGGUGACCAACCUAUAUGAAUGUGAAAUGAGAUUUUUUCAAUCAAGCAAUUUAGUGAGACAUAAACGAGCACACACUAAGAGAUUUUCUCAAUCAGAUGCAGGGCGGCCGAGAGGUUGCGCGGGCCCAAGCAAAACUUUCCCAGAGGCCCCUAUGACGUCAUAAGGAAGCGGUUCUUUUUACAAUAUAUUGCUUUGAUUCAUAUUAUCCGGCACUAACUCAGUUAAGCGAUCUUGUAUCAAGUAAUUUUAGGGGAUCCGGGCGAAAGUUCCUGCCACACUCUCUCGGCGACCCUGAUCAGAUGAAUGAGCGAGUCAUAAGAAAACACACAGCGAAGCACGUCCAUGUGGGAAGUGAUUUUUGCAAGAAGUUAUUGUAACUAUCAACGCAUGAAGCGACGUAUUUUCAACACACUAGAGGCAACUAAGCAAUAAAUUAUAUAUACGAAAUGUUUUGUUAUCAAAAAGACGUACUCCUUUUAAGGAGCUUUGUAACAAUUUAAGAUUAUAAAUGUUCACGGAGUGUUCUUCUUUUGACGUUUAAAUCUGUAUUAAAAUAUUGGUUGUCAGUAUUACAUAAAUAUAAAGUAAAACACACUCCGAAAAACAAUAGCUGAAGAUAUGAAAACAAGAC